AAGCUGAAAUUCCCACAUAUUCUUUGGGUGGUUUCUUUCCAAUCCAGUCUGAAAGACGAAGUAGAAAUGUUACUUUCCUUGAAAAGCUGGGUUUUCUCGGCGAAUUACCACCGGGACACUCUCUGGCGUUCAAUCAAAGCAACCAUCUCCAUCGUUUUGGUUUUCUCGGUCGUAUUCAUCUCCUACUCGGCCGUCAGCUCCAGCCAUUACCAAUGGUCAUGUCCCCAUUGCGACCAGUACCCGGACCCGUUCCCUGUUGCUAUUCCAGGACCAACCGCUUCUCCCGAACCGACCAACAUCUCCCACAUCGUGUUCGGAAUCGGUGCCUCAUCACACACUUGGCACCAACGGCGCGGUUACAGCGAGCUUUGGUGGCGGCCGGGUGAGAUGAAGGGGCAUGUCUGGCUCGACGAGGAGCCCAAGCGUGGGUCGUGGUCAGACACAUGCCCGCCUUACCGUGUUUCGGCAAACACGUCGAGAUAUGGUGCGCGGGCUUCGGCGUCCCGGAUCGCGCGGAUCGUGGCUGAAUCCUUCGCGCUUGGGAUGGAGAACGUGCGGUGGUUCGUGAUGGGUGAUGAUGACACGGUGUUUUUCAUCGAGAAUUUGGUGGCCGUUCUGGGUAAGUAUGACCAUGACCAAAUGUGGUACAUCGGAGCACCGUCGGAGAGUGUGGAACAAAACCUUCAGCAUUCGUAUGGGACGGCGUUCGGCGGUGGUGGCUUCGCCAUUAGUUAUCCGGCGGCGGCGGAGCUUGCUAAAGUCAUAGAUGGGUGCUUGGAUCGGUAUAUAUACUUUUAUGGCAGUGAUGAAAGGAUUCGGGCUUGCCUCAGUGAGCUCGGUGUUCCACUCACCAGAGAACCCGGAUUUCAUCAGGUGGACCUGCGCGGAGACGCUUAUGGCAUGCUGGCCGCACACCCAAUAGCCCCAUUAGUAUCACUUCACCAUCUAGACGACGUGCAUACAGUGAUACCAAGCCAAUCAACUCAAAUGAAUGCGAUCCGGACUCUAAUGGACGCAUCUCGUCAUGACCCUGCCCGAACGCUGCAGCAAACCUUUUGCUACAACCGAGAACAAGGCCAUAACUGGUCCGUCUCAGUGUCAUGGGGUUACACGGUUCAAUUGUAUCACUGGGUCGUCCCGCCUCAUGACCUGGAAGUUCCUCUCCAGACGUUCCUCACAUGGAGAUCAUCCCAGAACGGGCCAUUUGUUUUCAAUACAAGACCUUUCACGGUGAGCAAUAACUGUGAACCGAUGUUGUUCUUUUUGGACCGUGUCAGCGAGAGGAGGAAAGCUCAACAAGUCAGUGUGACCGAGUACACGAGACACGAGAGUAGCAUAGACAAAGGCUGUGACAGGGCUGGCUUUGCAUCUGCAUCGCAGGUGCGGUCCAUUCGGGUGGUGGCGCCCAAGAUGGACCCUUACGAGUGGCAAAAGGCACCAAGAAGGCAUUGUUGUGAAGCUCGCUCAAAAGUGUCCAAUGAGAAGAUAAUUGAUGUUUGGAUCAGGCAUUGUUACCCUGGUGAGAUAACAUCUCCACCAUAAAUUAUAACCUUCCCUGCUCUGCUCUUUUUGGAUGAAAAACAUGCCCUGCUCUUUAGAUAUGUCUGUGAAUAUUCACAAAGGAAAAGGAAUAAUAAAGAAAAUAAAGAGAAUAAAUAAAAGGAUGGUGUGUUUUUUGUUGUACUCACCCCACGUUAAAGAAAAUAGAUGGUAUAAGAAUGUACAGUUCAUUACGAGGCAUUAUGUUCUGUUUUUCUUGUUGUGAUAUUGUAUUAUCUUGACUUGAACUCUGUUAUUUUCAUACACAAAACGUUGAGACGAUGAUCUCUUCUGCUAAAACAGUGGCAGUUGGAAAGCACUGGAACUGUUUUGAUUGAAUGAAUUUGUUCAGUGGUCUGUUGCUCAAUUAUCAAAUGGUUCAUUGAUCCAAAUUAAUAUUUUGUCUGAUGUCACUCAUGGUGAUUUAAUUAUUGAGAAAGUUUUG